AUGGAAACCGGGAAUCAGACUGGAUCCCCACACUUCCUCCUCCUGGGAUUCACAGAGGACCCGGCCCUGCGGGCCCUGCUCUUGGCGCUGCUCCUGCCCAUGUACCUGGUCACCCUCGCGGGGAACCUGCUCAUCCUCCUGGCCAUCACCUCCGACCCCCACCUGCACACCCCCAUGUACUUCUUCCUCUCCAACCUGUCCUUGGCCGACGUGGGCUUCACCUCCAGCACCAUCCCGAAGGCGCUGGCGAACCUGCGGGUGGAGGACAAAGCCAUCACCUUCGCGAGCUGCAUCUCACAGAUGUUUUUCUUCAUCUUGUUUGGCUGCCUGGAAAAUCUCCUGCUGACUGUCAUGGCCUACGACCGCUUCGUGGCCAUCUGUCACCCCCUGCACUACGUGGGCAUCAUGACCCCGCGGUUCUGCGGGAGGAUGGCUCUGGGGUCUUGGAUGGUCGGUGUCGUGGGGUCCCUGUCCGAGACUUUGCCCGUCUUGAGUUUGUCCUUCUGCCCCAACACCGAGAUCCCACACUUCUUUUGCGAUCUGCCCGAGGUCCUGAAGCUCGCCCGUUCCCACACCAUCCUCCACAAUGUCGUGGUGUAUUUGGGGACCAUCUUCCUCGGGGUUUUCCCUCUGACUGGGAUUCUUUUCUCCUAUUCUCGGAUUUUCUCCUCCAUUCUGCGAAUCUCAUCAGCUGGGGGCAAAUACAAAGCCUUUUCCACCUGCGCCUCUCACCUCCUGGUGGUCUCCCUGUUCUACAGCACAGGUCUUGGGGUCUACCUGGGCUCAGUCGCCACGCUGUCCACUAAGGCGAGCCUGAUGGCCUCGGUGGUGUACACCAUGGUCACCCCCAUGCUGAACCCCUUCAUCUACAGCCUGAGGAGCAGGGACCUGAAGGAUGCCCUGCGGAGACUGCUCAGCCAGAGGGUGCGGGUCAGCGAGCGGCCCACGGCAGGACCCGCAUGA